AUGGCUUACACGUUUGCGGAUCUCCAUGGAGUCCAGAGAAUAUUGUUCUCCAAAGGCGAUGAUGGGCGCCCUCGCGGGUCUAAUGAGAUUUCUGGUCUGUGGAUAGAAUAUUAUGGAUCCCGACGGCCAGUAAUUAUCGGACAGUGGAUUGCUGAAGGAAGUUCUUUGACCUUUGAGCAAGGGGAGAGAAUCACCGGAAUAACACUAUUAGUAACUAAGGAUACAAUGACCUAUCGUGACAGAUAUCAUCUCGGCCGUGUUGUUCAAGUGUCAAUAUUCACUUCUACGCGCACCGAAAUGUACCCAAAUGACAGCUCACUAUCGAUGGACGAACAUAAUAUCCUGCGGUUUCAAGAAAGCCGUCUGGAAGAGCUGUCAUCUCUUGCCUGGAUAUUUAAUGACGUAUGGGAUUAUCCACGCGUCAUCUACAGCCCCAAGGCCAGCGGGUCACAAUUAUUAACAUGGGAUCCAUUCAAGAUCUCUGUUUAUCGUCCAUGGAUUGCACCGCAAAAGGCUCUAUUCAAAGAAACCAACCAGGAUGAUAUUCUUUCGUCUGCUACGGGGUUCUACGGUGUUAAACAUCCAGCUCGACCGGAGUGA